AUGGCCAGCAACUCAGUCUUCGUCGUUGCUAUAGAUUUUGGCACGUCCUACAGUGGGUACUGUUUUUCCCUUGCUUCAGGUACAGACCAAAUCCGCCAAGUGUACUGGGGAACAGAGCAUGGGCUCAGGACCCCGAAGACACCUACGUGCAUCUUGUUCAACCAGAAGCAGGAGUUCAGAAAGUUUGGCUACGAUGCUGUGAUGAAGUACAAGAGCCUGCCCUCCAGUGAAGCUGACAAGUGGUACUUCUUCCAGAACUUCAAGAUGCAGCUGUACAACACAAAAGUCACUUCUGGCAUGGAGCUGAAAGCCAGCAAUGGAAAGAUGCUUCCCGCCCUGACAGUCUUUUCCGAAAGCCUGCGCUACCUGAAAGAACAUGCCCUGAACACCAUCCAAGAGGCCUCUUUCCAAACCGUCUGUGACCAGGAGGAGAUCACCUGGGUCAUUACUGUCCCGGCCAUAUGGAGCGCUGCUGCCAGGCAGUUCAUGCGGCUGGUGGCAAAAGAGGCAGGACUCAUCUCUGACCUGAUUUCUGAGAAGCUGAUUGUUGCCCUGGAGCCAGAGGCUGCAUCGCUCUGGUGCAAACAGCUUCCACAGGAAGGGUUUAUGACAGACAGCAGUGACAAGAAGAAGUUUGAAGACUCCCCUGGGAUCCAGUAUAUUGUUGUUGACUGUGGAG